AUGGCAUCUUUAUAUGUUAAUAACUGUGUCUUUCUUUUACUUUGUCUAUGCUUAGCUUUUAGCACAAUUGCAUAUGGUGGAGAUUUCAACACUGAUUUUGACAUUUUAUUUGGAGAUAAAAGGGCUAACAUAGAAGAUGGUGGCAUGAGUAUGACACUUGCAAUGGAUAAAUAUUCUGGCUCUGGCAUUGCAUCUAAGAAUGAGUACUUGUUUGGAAGAUUUGAUAUGCAAAUCAAACUUGUGCCAGAGAACUCUGCAGGCACUGUCACUGCAUAUUAUCUAAGUUCUCUAGGACCAAACCAUGACGAGGUUGACUUAGAAUUUUUGGGCAACUUGUCUGGUGAUCCAUAUAUUCUCUCAACAAAUUUAUAUGCCAAUGGUAAUGGGGGUCAUGAGGUCCAAUUCUAUCUUUGGUUUGAUCCUACACAAGACUUUCACACCUAUUCUAUUGAUUGGAAUCCUCAGCGCAUAAUAAUAUUGGUGGAUGACAUACCUAUAAGAGUGAUGCAUAAUAGACAAAGCAUUGGUGUUGCAUUUCCAACGAGACAACCUAUGAAAUUAUAUACAACUUUAUGGAAUGGAGACUCAUGGGCAACAAGAGGGGGACAAGUCAAAAUUGAUUGGUCAAAGGCUCCAUUCAUAGCAAGUUUUAGAAACUUCAAUGCCAACGCAUGCAUUCCACUUCCAAACUCAUCUAAUUGUCUUGAUUUCAAUAGUGGAAAAAAUAAAGGUCUUAAUGCUGAAAAAAGGAAGAAGCUUAAAGAGAUUCAUGCAAAAUGGGUUGUUUAUGAUUAUUGUCGUGAUUUUAGACGUUAUGCUCGUGGUCUUCCAUAUGAAUGCCGCAAGAAUAAUCGCUUAUUAGCUAUUGAAGAUGAAUAUUAG